UAUGCAUCUCACGCAGACGGGGAGAUUGAUAACUUUGAUGAGUUCUUAAAGCAAAGGACCCGCAUUCGAUUCUGUCCAUUUUGAGAGUUUGAGUUGUGUUUGUGUGUGUGCGUGAGCGUGUGUGAGUGCAUGUGUGAGACAAUAGUUACAUAAGUAGCUAUUUUUUCUGAGCUGUUCACGCGUGGUUGGAUUGUUGAGAAUUUAACCGGGAAAACGAAACUUAGGAUUUGAAAGACAAAGACAGACAGAGAGGUGAAUAAAAUGGACGUGGAAUUGGAUAUGAUCGCCGCGGCGGAGGAAAAAAGAAAAGAAAUAGAGGGAGAGAGAGGAGCAAAAAGUGGUGUAACAAAAGGUGAUGAGGAGGCAACUAACGACUAUUCACCCCUGAAUCAGCCGACUGAAAACAUUUACUCGGAGGCUCUGGCUCUCCGGACACCCAUAAUGUACGACAAAGCAGAUGAUUACAAAAGGAUUCGUUUGUACCGCGGCAUUUCCGUUGCUCUUCUGUUUCUGUGCCUGAUACUUCUCAUCGUGGUUGCAGUCAUGGGAACGAAGCUGAAUUCCCAGCCAGAAUGCGCUGCAAAAAUGACUUCAGUGUCAGGAACAUGUUCCCCUGAAACGUGCCGGACCAUAUACCCACUAGAGAAAACCUGCAAAAGGUACUGCUCUACUUGUGAGAGGGGCUGGCUGAAGCAUGAGGGCUCAUGUUACUACCUGUCUGAGAGAACGCUGAGCUGGGACAUGAGCAGGAAAGAGUGCCAGAGGAAAGGUGGAGACCUGGUUGUCAUUGGCAACCAAACCGUACAGACUUUUUUGAGCAGUCGUGCCAAACUGACGUACUGGAUUGGACUCAGUCAUGAGGGAUCCGGUCCAUGGACCUGGAUUAACGGGACUCCUCUGAGUGAGAGCUUCUGGGCUCCAGAGAAGGCGCAGCAAGGAGGCUGUGCUCUGCUGGAAAAAUCCCAGUCCGAGAAGAACUGGCGAGUCUCUCAUUGUGCCUCAAACACGUACUACAUCUGCCAAAAGACCGUUUAGAGUUCGCUGACGACCACACCAUUCGUUCCCGGGCCUUCAUUUUACUGUCUCUGACCAUAUAUUCACGUUUUAUAAUCUUUCUCAUCAUCACAGCGCUUCACUAUUCAGUCCUUUCAUAACACUGAGUUUUAAAUUAACUACAACCAGCAAAGUCAAGAUAAUCAUUUGUGAUGAACAAUCAAGUACAUUUGCUCUAGGGUGACACUGUAGUCACAGUAUAUGUGUAGAAAUGGAAAAAAAAAAACUGUAGUUGUACUCUUUGUACAAGUAUUACUAUUACCUUUGCACUACUCUGAAUGUAAAAGCUAUGGGGCUGUUUUUUAAUUGCACUAAAAUGCUUCCUGCUCCUGUUCCGCGCUAAUACAGUGGAAUAUUUUGUUUUCUAAAAUACAUUGUCUGGCCAGCAGUCUACAGAAAGCGUUCACACAGAGGGACUUUUUUAAAUAUUCAGAUUCAAGUAAUUUCCUCUAAAUAUUUUUAGAUAUCCAAAUCAGAGUCUGUAUUUUGACGUUUGUCUAUCAAAGGACGGGAAAACUGAUUUAAAAAUUCGGUUGAAUUUCUGUCCUGUUUAGCAUUUUGAGUAUUGUUGUAACCACACGACACUGCAGUUCUGUUUUAGCAAGCUAAAACUGACAAAAUAAUAAUAACCUUAAGCAUUACACAAAUCAUGCCAAAAUACAGUACAGGAUUCGAUCUACGAGUGUUUUAUUAAAACCGUCAUUAAAAAAGAAUGUUCGCCGAUUUUGGGCUUUUUGACAGAGAAAAGCAUUAGUGAAUCGGUUUCUGCACACUAACACACGCAAAUAUAUUUCAGGUGUUUUGAAAGUUUCUUUGAAUACCUUAAAGCGUCUUCUUUGAAUUGUAACUUUCUUUUCACAAACUGAUCUAAUAAAAU